AUGCAGAUCAACAAUGGUGACCUUCAUGCCGCGGAAUCUGUCUGCUUGGAGAGCGGGCCACUUCUUCUCUAUCACACUUCUCGUAUCAUCUGCGUGCAGGCAGAGAUUCGGGAAGCCAAGCGACAGGCUUGUCAAUCGUUCUGUACAAGGAAGAAUUUCGAAAAGAUCGUCCAUAUCCCCCUCCAGAUAAUCGUGGCCCAAAGCCCGCCCCUGGACGUCGAGCCGCAGGUCGAGACUCGUGAGGUUGGCAAUCGCAAUUCUGAAUGCGCCCAACAGUAUCUAAUGGUCGAAAAAAUCGAGAGCGCUCAGCGACGAGAGCAGAAGUCCCAUAUUCAGAGGUUCCGCUGGGAUUAUUUCCGUGCAAUUGCCGACAUGAAAAUCUUUCAAGUCAACCUUCCCCAACUCGAAUGCCAUCAAGAGCUGAUCGAGAGUGCGACAGUCCCGGAGAUGGUGGCGUUGUUUUUCGUUAUCGUCGUGGGGCACGCCGAAAAAGACGAGCUUCACAACUUGGAAUUGUCGAAUGAUCCGAGCAUCUCGCGCGGGAUCGGUCCAAGUGACACGCGAACGGAGCUCAGAUGGGAUGAUUACAAGAGUCAAGCCGACAAGGGUGCUCUUGUGGUGGUCGAAGAAUGCAUGCAAGUGGACAUUGUGAACCUCGAAGCCGCGCAGUUCAAUCGAUUCAAGAGCUGGCCAUGUAUUGCUCCGGACCUUCUUAUUGGGGUGGCCCGUGUGGUCCUGCUCUUGUCUAGACUAUUUGUCACCCGCCGCGCAGACGGAAAAGGAGUUGGCGGAUGCCAUUUCCAGCUUGACCUUGUCGCCUUUCUUCGAGGCCUGUAG